CUGUCAGCUGUCAAACAGACAACGCUCAAAAGUUACAUGAACUUGCGUCUUACUUUGUAGCGGCAUAUUGUUUUCGCAAACUUUUAAACAACUUGAGAGUGCGUAAUUUUGUUUAAAAUAAUUUUCAUAAAAAUAGUGUUUUAGGCGACCAUGUCUUUGCCAGGAGUAAAAGUGAUACCGAACCCAACAUUCGCGGAACUUCCCGACUCGUACAAGCUCUCUGCGGAACAGCGAAAGUAUUAUGACGACAAUGGAUAUUUCGUCAUCAAGGAGCUGAUUGAUUUCGCGUCUCUUUACAGCUACAAACAACGCUUCUCACAAAUGGCUAAAGGACUUGUUGCAACCGCAGCGACCAUUAUAAAAGAACCUUCGUUAGUCGAGAAGAAACUAAACCCAGAAGACUACAUCAAUAAGAUCCAAGACAUCGCGUACGACGACGUGUUCGUGCAGUACGCGCAGAACCCUCGGCUGCUGGACGUGGUGUCGCAGCUGAUCGGAGACGACGUGACGGCGGUGCACAGCAUGAUCAUCAACAAGCCGCCCGGCACCGGCAGGCAUCCGCCGCAUCAGGACCUGUUCUACUUCCCGUUCCGGCCGGCGGACAAGAUCGUGGCGGCGUGGACGGCGAUCGAUGACGUCACCACCGACAAUGGCUGCCUGUUCGUGAUACCAGGCUCGCAUAAGAAAGAAACGCUUUACGCGCAUGGGAAUGUACCGGACUCGGGCAAGAUGUUCCACGGCAUCCUGGACGAGGACCGCGUCGCUCCCGUGGGUGAGCGGGUGCCACUGGAGAUGAGUCCCGGGGACACGGUGUUCUUCCACCCGUACCUGGUGCAUGGGUCAGGACCUAACGUGUCUAAGAAUUACCGCAAAGCAAUAACAUUCCAUUUCGCGAACAACCACUGCCACUACAUCGACGUCAAGGGCACUGUGCAGGAAGUAGCCGCUGAUGACGUCAUGGGCGUCGCCAAGAAGAAGGGAUUCGAGAUCGCGUACCAGGACAUCUGGAGAUACAAAAGCAGACUGAUCAAAGGGGUGAAGUCCAAUCUGUAAGAACGUUUUUUAUUUCGAGAAACUCCACCCUACGCGAAAAGUAACUGAGAAACUAACUGUGUUUGCUAUUAAGUAAAUACUCAAAAAAGGAUUAAGUAUACUGUACCAUUAACAGAGUUUAUUAUUAUGAAGUAAAAAUAGUUUUAAGAAUAUAUUAUAAAACAUCUGAAUCACAUGGAGUUUAUCGUGUAUUCAAAAUUGAAACCAAGCACUGAGCGUUUAAAAUAAACAGGGUAUAUUUAAAAUGUGCAUUCUGAUCAACGGAUACCACACAGUUGUGGUCGCAAUAUAUCCGCGGUGCAUUUUGCGACCAUGGUCGUAUUUCAUGAAAUUGGGAGAGGGAUAUUAAUUUUAUUAUAUAAGGAUGUUAGCUUUAUUGUAUAUAGAUAAAUUUAAACAAUGGUUUGUUUUUAAUUAUGUUAUAUGUACAAAAUAAAUAAAAAAAUACAUAUCUAUUGUAUUCACGAUAAAAAUACGUAUUUUUCAUAUCCUUAUCUGAUUCAAGAUAAAAAAUAUAAAUUGUUUUGUAUUUUGGUAAAAAAAAAACAUCUACUUCAAACUGCUAUUGUUUGUACAAUUUAUUAUAAAUAUUUAACUCGCAGAGUUUGAUAAUUUAGUAAAUCUUUUGAUUAUUAUGUAUAUUUUAAUCUAUUCUAUACGGUAGGAAAUAAUUGAUAUUUUAAGUUGCCCACGCGCACUGAGAAAUCUAUUUUCGGACGGAUGAGCAAUAUCUUCAGAAUUAAUAAACAUUCAAUAAGCAGUAUAAUACAUUGUGCAGAUUUAUUUAGUAGAUUUAUUAGUUUCUAUUUAUUUCAUCUCCAUGGAGAAUCGAGGCGACUUCAUCAGUUAAUUUGCCGCAGUUUCUUACGAAUUAUACCUUCUAAGAUCUGGGUAUAUUGUGUUAAAAAUCCUAUAUAAGGUGUUGAAAGGUCAAGCAGCGAAAACCAGCUAGAUCAAAACACACAUGCUGUCUCUAAACCUAGGCAACAGUCGACAUUCUAUAUUAGUAUACUAGCGACCCUCGGCUUUGCCCGAGUAGCAGAGCAUAUUGUUAAUUCUUGGGCUUUUAUUGAUAAAUUAAUAAGAAUUCUGUUGUAACACAUUUAAUAUAUGCACCGUAAUUGAAACACAAGUGACAAGAAAAUGUUGCAAUCACAAAAAAAAACUUAAGAGGUAUUUAUAUACUUUGAUGACACCUUUAAUAUUUAUUAUCCAAUACAUAUGCAUAUGUUUUCUGUCGUACAAAACAUUUUAAUGAAUUAAUUAUACACACACCUUUAUUUACAUCUAGCCUAUCUAGUUGUAAACGUCAUACUUGAGGUUAAAAUACCUAUUUAGUUCAUUUAUUUACUCCGUCCAUUUAUUAAUGGACGGAGUACUGCUUUUAUUAAAGCAGUAUGAAAAUUCGUCGGGUUUUUGAAUAUAUCAUGUACAGACAGACGCUGGGCACUUUAUUUUAUAAAUCUAAGGUUUUUAUACCAGUGCAUAAGAAAAACCUCAAUAGUUAUCUAAAAGAGAUUUCUCACGGCCACUUCGCUUUUGUUCUUUUUUAAGACUGUUAUGUAAAUCCUUUUUUUUUGUAUGUGCAAUAAUCUUUAACGUCUGUGAUAUAACAGGUAUAUACUUAUUAAAUGAAUUUUAUAUA